AUGAUGGUUGAGAGAGAUCAAGAUUUGGGUUUGAGUCUGAGCUUGAAUUUUCCUCAGACCCACAACCACAACAACAACAGCAGUACCACCACCAGCACCCUUCAGCUCAAUCUCAUGCCUUCUUUGGUCCCUACUUCUGCUUCUUCUCCUUCUGGGUUUCUUCCUCAAAAACCCUCUUGGAAUGAGGCCUUGAUUUCUUCAGAUCGAAACUCCAACUUCGAAACGUGCCGGGUCGGGCCCCGAUCGUUCCUUCGGGGCAUCGACGUGAACCGGUUGCCUUCCACGGGCGACUGCGAAGAUGAGGCGGGCGUGUCGUCGCCCAACAGCACGGUGUCGAGCGUGAGCGGCAAGCGGAGCGAGAGAGAGGCCAAUGGCGAAGAUCUCGACAUCGAGACUCGAGGCAUCAGCGAUGAAGAAGACGGCGAGACCUCUAGAAAGAAGCUCAGGCUCUCCAAGGACCAGUCCGCCAUUCUUGAAGAGAGCUUCAAGGAGCACAACACUCUCAACCCAAAGCAAAAGUUGGCGUUGGCUAAACAGCUUGGUCUCCGGCCUAGACAAGUGGAAGUCUGGUUUCAGAACAGAAGAGCAAGGACUAAGUUGAAGCAAACGGAGGUGGACUGUGAGUUCUUGAAGAGGUGCUGUGAGAAUCUGACAGAAGAGAACAGGCGGUUGCAGAAGGAGGUUCAGGAGCUGAGAGCACUGAAACUUUCCCCACAGUUCUACAUGCAAAUGACCCCACCCACGACACUCACCAUGUGCCCCUCGUGUGAGCGUGUCGCGGUCCCACCCAACUCCUCAUCCUCAACCGUCGAGCCCCGGCCCCACCCCCACCCCCAAAUGGGUUCGGUCCAGACCCGGCCCAUCCCCAUCAACCCGUGGGCAUCCGCCACCCCAAUCCCCCACCGUCCGCUGCCGUUCGACGCCUUCCACACCCGGACGUAA